CUCAGCCUCUCCCGCUCCCAAAAUGGCGCUGCUCAGCGUCCUCCGCUCGGAUCUUCCAAAAUCCUUUUUAGGGCUCCCAAAAACUUUUCCCGACGAUUCCGAGGAAUUUUCCCAAAUCCUUCGGGACCCCCCGGGACCUCCGCGGUUUUUGGCGGCUCCUCCGUGGGGUUUUGAAGCGGCUCCGGAUGGUCCCGGUUUGGCGAUGCUUCACGGCACCACAACUUUGGCUUUUAAGAAAUGGAUUGGGAAUGGACUGGGAAUGGACUGGGAAUGGACUGGGAGUGACCGGAACUGGAUCAGGCUGCACUGGACUGGACUGUGCCGGCAGUGCCGGGUCCAGGAAUUGAGGAACAAGGAACCCGUUUCAGUAGCCGCGGCGUCGAAAUUGCUAGCCAACCUGGUUUAUCAAUAUAAAGGGGCGGGGCUAAGCCUGGGAACCAUGGUGUGCGGAUGGGACAAGCGAGGACCAGGUACUGGGAUAAACUGGGAUGGA